GACAAUGAUGGCUAUUUAGGCGGUUCCUGGCAAUUCGUAAACAAAUUGCUGUAAUCUCUCUCCCACGAAGUUUAUUCCACACUAUUUCCAGUAAAAAAAAGCUUGUUCAGUUGUUGUCAACUGUUGUAACUGAGAAAGGUGUUGAAACAAGCAUUGAAAUGCCGGAGCGUGGUGAAACUGAGGUAUUUUCCAACCCCCUCCCUCCGCAGGAUUUCGAGGACUACGGUGAAGACGAUGAAGGACAACCUCUUACCAAUGAAGACUUUCGUAAGAUGCUUAUGACCCCCCGGGUCUCUUCAUCAAGCUCAGCAUCAUCAUCUGCAGUAACACAUGGGGCAAAGCAGCCAGUGCACCAAAAGAAAGCUGUGAUAGCAAGACCUGAAGAAGAUGAAGAUGAUCCAGCUACAAGGAGGAGGAAGAAGAAAAUUUACUAUGCCAAACUUAAAAGGCUCGAAGAAGAAAGACAGAAAGAACUGGAAUCCAAGUAUCGAGACAGAGCCAGAGAGAGACGAGAUGGUGUCAAUAAAGACUAUGCAGAGACUGAGAUCAUCAGUACAACAGCUGAUUACCGAGCAGUGGCUCCUGAUGCCAAGGCGGGAGAUAACUAUGCUGAGAAACGUAAACAGCUGAUUCAGGAGUCCAAAUAUCUUGGUGGUGAUAUGGAGCACACUCACUUGGUCAAAGGGUUGGAUUUUGCUUUGUUGGAGAAGGUGAGAGCGGAAAUUAGCAACAAGGAAUUAGAGGAAGAGAUAAUGAUGGAGGAAGUUGUAACACAGAAGAAGGAAGACAAGGAGGUGGAUCCAGAGGAGCAGAUGAGUUUCAAAACCAGAGUGGGAAGAAACAUCUACAGGACAUUAUUCAAACACAGAUUUCCAGAGAGGAAUGAGCUGUUUUUGCCAGGACGGAUGGCUUAUAUUGUGGAUCUAGAAGAUGAGUACGCUGAGAAUGAUGUCCCUUGUACCACAAUCCGCAGCAAAGCAGACUGUCCCAGCCUGGAGGCCACUACGUCCCUGACGACCAAUGACAUUGUCAUCAACAAACUGACCCAGAUUCUGUCUUACCUCAGACAGGGACGCCGGGAGAGCAAGAAGCUCAAGAAAAAAGAAAAGGGGAAAAACAAGGAUGAUGACAAACCCAAAGAAAAACUACCUGGAGCUGAUGACAGCAUUUACACUGAUGCUGGGGACUACUUACCUUCUUACACCAAAUCCAAGGACAAGAAAGACAAGAAAGAACGUGAUCGAGACAGAGAUCGAGAUGAUCGCAGAGACAGGGGACGAGACAGAGAUAGGGACUAUCGAGAUAGGGACCGAGACAGGAGAGAUAGGGGUCGAGAUAGAGAUCGCCAUGGAGACAGGGACAGGGAUAGAGAUCGUGACAGAGACGGCCACAGAGAGAGAAGGGAGGACAGGAAGAGAAAGUCGUACUUUGAGAAGCCUGUCGAGGAGGAUGAUGACAAGACGAAGGGACUAGGUUCUGCAGGAGAUCUGGUAAAGACAAUCAACGACCGCUUUAAGGGAUAUGUUGAUGUUGAGAAAGAGAGAGAAAAAGAGAAGGCUGAUAAACACAAGAAGUGGAUGGAGAAGCUUCAACAGAAAACCCUCAUCGACAGUUAUGCAGAGUGUUAUCCAGGGAUGGAGGAAGCUGACGAUGCUCUAGGUGACUCUGAUGAUGAGGCGGACUUCAGUAAGAUGGACCAGGGCAAUAAGAAGGGCCCGGUGGGAAGAUGGGACUUCGACACCCAGGAAGAAUACAGCGAUUACAUGGCCAAUAAAGAAGCACUACCCAAGGCAGCUUUUCAGUAUGGUGUCAAGAUGGCAGAUGGUCGGAAAACUCGUCGAGCAGGUCCCAAGGAUGAGAAAGCAGAGUUAGACAGGCAAUGGCAGAAAAUCCAAAACAUACUGAAGACCAAGGCAGGAGAACCCAGCGAAAAGAAAAUGAAGCACUGAAUUAAUUCAGCUGUUAUGAGUAUAGUGACAUGUUUAUUCAUGUAAAAAAAAUUAUGCAGAUUUGUAUUGUAUUUAAUUGCAUUAUGUAAAGAAAUUCAAUGUUUCAUGUGUUUACGAUGAGCAAGAUUUCUUAUAUAAUAAACCAAAUAUUGUAAAUGUUCUGAUAUUUGAAUUUCGUUUGAUUUAAUGUACAUGUAUUAUUAUUUUGUAUGAAAUAAAAUGGGUGUAGUCAUGUGA